AAGUACAGUCAAUUUUUAUUCACAAGAAAAAAAAAAACAGCUGGUGUACGAAAAAAAAAAGAAAGCAUCAAAAAUGCCAGCUUCAAAGCGGGGAACCGAGGAGCCCCUUGAUCCUCAAGCCAAAUCCAGGAGGUUGGAUGACGACAGCGAAGCACUCCGGAUUGAAACCACACCAGCAACCAACAUCAGGUCCCUCAAAGAAAUCCAUAUGCAAGAACAGAUAGACACUGCUGCCCCUCGGACCAAGAGGAAAUUGUCAGAAGAAGAAGAAGAAGUGGGAGGGAACCCAGCCAAGUCAUGCCGACAGAGUUCCCCCCUCAGAUGCACUUUAGGUCCAUCCGUCACAAAACACACAAGUGCCAUCUGUCCGGAAGCUCGAUCAGACGGUGUUAACGCAGAGUCCGAUGACGACAACAUGACCGGCGACAGCAGCAACCAUGGACUAUUCACUGAGAGCGACAAUUCAAGUUGCAUCAAGAAAUACUCAAACCGAGUACGAACCAAGCCGGGCUGUGACUUGUUGAAAGUGAGUGAAGAGUUAGCACCCUCGACAACAGACUUUUUACAGAAUGAGCACAGUUAUGGUAGAGCAUCAGACUCCAGUCUUGACAGUACAGCCAAUUCUGCGGAAAACACCACAAAGGAAAAUUUAAGCAUUGAAUGUACAGCAGCUGGUGUCAAAUUCGCAGCUGAAAACAUGGACAGAAAAAUAACAGAGGGCCGUUGUCUCACAGCUAACAAUGCCAUAGGGUCGUCCGUGAUGGACUCUAAUUCAGAGGCUGCUGCCACCAUUAAAGGCCAGUCAGUGGGAACAUUUUGUUCCAGAAACGGAGAUGUAAAUCUCGAAAAGUUAAUCCACGGAACAAAUUGUCAGACAGAUUGUAGCAGUGAAUAUAAAGAGACUGUUUCAAGUGUGAUAAAGCAGGAUUUAACACAAAAUACAGAGCAGCGGAGGCAUGAAAUGAAGGCAGAUAGUGUCUUAAUGAGUCUUUAUGACAUAUGCGGAGAAGAUCAGAUGCCCCCCACUGCCACAGCUGAAGAAAUUGUAGUAGAAAGUUGUAACCCUGAGACUAGCAGUGAAGAAAAUCAGGCACCAGAAACCAAGUCUGACCAAAACCGAGAGAGCCAGUUUGAAGAACUUCUAACGUCAGCAUCUGAGAAUCAGACUGAAGAAAACCUAACUGUUACGGACACUGGUAGCAACUGGAAUAGCAAGAUUGAGAUAACAAACCAGUUCAAUAGAAAUUCGGCAAGUAAGAUUGAAGAUAAUUUAACAAUAGCUUUAGAGAGAAACCCAGAGAGGCAUAUUCAGGAAAAUCAAGGAAGUCACAUCAAAGAAAAUGUGAUACCAGCAGAGCCCGAUAGAAAACCAGCGUGCCAAAUUGAAUUAGAGAGCAAUAGAACCUCAGAGUGUCCAGCUGAGUCAGUCCUCGUAGGAAUUCACAAUGCAGAGUGUGCAGGCCAGGAAAUUCAGAUGGAUCCAACUAAUGAAACUGAAGAAGCAAUGGAAUCUUCUGUAAACCCAGCGAGUCAAAUGGAAACAAACCUAACUGCGACAGAGUCCGAUAAAUACCCAGACAGUCUGGCCGAAGAUUUAUUGAUUUUGAAGGAAACUGUUCCCACGUCAGAAGAGGUCCUCGUUGAAAGUUAUAAUGCACAGGGUCAAAUCAAGUCCCGUCAAAGUCCAGAGAAUGCAACUGACGAAAAUAUGACAAAAAUAGGACAAACUCAAACAACAUCAAUAGAUGAUUUGUCCACUUCGAAGAAAACGGUUCCCGCAUCACAAGAGGUUCUCAUUGGAAGUCUUAACGCACAAAUUGAAAAACCUCAAAUAGAGAAUGCUGUUCAAGAAACUGUAACAGUGGAGUGCUAUAGUCAACCAGAAACUGAAGAAAAUGUAGCCGAAAAUCUGUCACUUUCAACGGAAUCAACACCACAAGGGGUCCUGGUUAACCAUUUUACUGCACAGAGUCAAAUUGAAGAGGUCGGAGAAAGCCUACGAGGUCAAACUGAAGAAGUAAAUCCAAUAUCAGUGGAGUCUGACAGAAACCCAGUAACUCCUGAUGAAGAAAAUGUAUUAGCAAGUCCUUCACUUUCACAAGAAACUGAAAACCACUCACUACAAGAGGUGCUUGCCGACUGUUUUAAUGGAGAGAGUCAAGUUAAAGAACAUCAAAUGGUGUCCGAUGGUGACCCAGAGAAUCAAAAUGAAGAAAAUCUAACAGCAGUGGAGGAUGGUAAAAACUUUGAGAGUCAUGUUGAAGAUCUGUCGCUUUCAGAAGAAAGUGAACCAACAUCACCAGAGGUCCUCGUGGACAGUUUUAAUGAAGAGGAAUAUCAAAUAGAGUCAAAUAAGGCAGAAAAUGGAACUGCAAUGGACUCUGAUAAAAACCUAGCGUGUCACCUAGAUCUUUUACGUAUGCAAGAUACCGAACCCAUGGCACAGGAGAGCCUUUUAGGAAGCCGUAAUUCAGAGGGUGAACUGGAAUCUGACCAACACACAGAGUGUCAACUUGAAGAAAAUCUAACAUCAAUGGAGUCAGUGGAUCCUUCACCUUCAAAGGGAACUGAACCCAUACCACAAGAAGUCCUUGUAGGAUGUCUCAGUGCGGGGAGUCAAGUCGAGGAAAAUCCAGUGGAGUUGGAUAAAAACCCACAGAGUCAAGUUGAAGCAAAUCUACUAAUAAUGAACUCCAGUAGAAAGACUGAACAAAAUGUGACAAAGCAAACUGAAGCCACCCCACAAGAGGUCCUUAGAGACUUUUUUAAUGCCAAAGGUUUGGUUGAGGAGAAGCAUAUGAAGUCUAAGAGUCACAUCCACGAGAAUUUCUCUGAACAAAAGCUGGAACAAGCACUAGGUUCACUUGACAGCCUAAAAACAACAACUGAGGUGUUGACACCAGACUGUGAGGCGGCCGACAACCAAAACAGCACAAUGGAGAUGGCCCAUGAAUGUGUCACUGUCUCGCAGCAUCAGACAGAUGUGGAAAUGCCAUCGGAGGGAAGAUUUGCCACUGCGACGCUUCAGGAGGAAAUCGAUAUUCACCCCACACAAAAUGUUGAUGACGUUUCAAAUACGGAUAUGAUGAGUGGAAAUUUCUCAAUUUUGGAAAAGGAAAAUAGGCAUGUUGAAGAUUCUACAGCAGUGAUGAACAAAGUGAGAAUCACGGCUUCAGCUACCUCAGAGAAUGUGGAGCAUCCUCCUUAUUCGCUGGAAAUAGACCCUCACAAUAACAAUGAACCAAGCAGUCACAGAGAGAUUAAUCUUGGAAUUACUGAAUCUGCAGAAAAUGAAGACAAAGUGAAAUUAGAAUACAUUACUGAGGACUCAAUCAGUUCUAAUUCAGAAAAAGUACAAGAUGUUAAAUUCCAGGACAGCCCAAAAGUGAGCAAUCACGUCACUGAUGUAUCUGCUGUUAUACAGAAAGAUUUAGCACCUACAAAUAUCAAAAGCAGCGGAACUGAAGAACAUAUUGCUGUUCUGGAGAAAAAGGAAAAAACCCAUGAGGGUGAAGAGAUGGAGUUAAGUCAAAACAGCCACAACGUCUGUGAAUAUGAAAACAAUAUGAAUGUUGUCCCUGUGGCAACAUCUGUGAGCCCAGCUGAUCUCCAAAUGCAGAGAAAUAAUGACUUAGUGAACCUUCUGGGGGAAACCAAAACUCAAAUAAGCCAAGCGGAAGUGGACAUGCAUCCAACAGCAGAUAUGUCUUCUGAAGCCCUCAUAGAAGAAAACCAGGAAGAGGCAACAUUUCCUGAUGCUCAUGAUAGUCAGGCAGAAAUAUCCAUGGAGCAUGAAGAUUCCGUCGCACAGGAGAAUGUUACCACGUCAGCAUCUGAGAUUUCUUACGAGACACAAAACCUAGAAGGUCAAAUGUGGGAAACCUCUCACUUGGAAAUACAUCAUGAAACUGAGCUGCCUCCUGAGGUUUGUGAAGACGCCAUGACCGAUCAUUCUUCAAAUGAAGAUGAUGCAAUAAACCUUAACCAUGCGCAUUUGCUACAAAAUCCACAAACAACAUCAGCACCAGGGGAUUCUGACCUAGCUGGAAGCGACGAGAAGCAAGAAGUCGAAGAACUUGCGGCGGGCAUAUGUGAUGUUCAAACAGCUCCAGAUUUUACCGCAAAUGGCUGCCAUGAAAACAUGGGUACCGCACAGUGUCUCACACAAGUAGAAAUGGACUUCAGGACAAUCGUAGAAGGAGAGGAAAUGCGCAAGGAGGCCAGUGAAUCUACACUUGUCGUCUCAAUCUUGGAGAAUGAGGAUGUCACAGAGGUCGUCGCCAGAAGUUCAGAGGAUGCUGUGAACCAAGCAGAAAUGGACAUGCCAUCAGCACCGGAGUCCGUCUCAAAGAUUUCAGCUUCUAGUAAGGAAAUACAACUGCAGAAUGAAGACAAUUUAUGUGUUAUUGCAGAGGUUCAUCUCAAUAACACUUUUGUAGAAACGGGAGCCACUUCUAAUGCUGUUACUACUUUAGUUCGGCAAGUCGAAGAGGUGGCGAAAGUUACCGGUACUUUGGCUCUUGUUGAUUCUGGAAAUACUAGUCUUGAUCAUAUGGAUCUUUUGAGUGAAUCUGUUUAUUCAACGUUAGAAAUGGAGACAAGUUGGCAAGAUGAGGACGCUACUGCAAAGAUGUUCAGUAAUCGUGACACUGUAGGAGAAGAUUCUGAAUGUGAUGUCGUCCAAAUUGUUGUUUUGGCCCAACCGGCUGUCACUGCUACUGUACCCCAAUCUUCAGAAGAGCAGAACGAGGCAGCCAGUCAGUCACAAAUUGAAAACCAGAUUGUGUAUGAGCCCAUUAGUAGUCCAGAGAGUAGCGAAGAUGCAGAUGCUGCUAUAGCUUUGGAGAAUCAAGGUUUGAUGUCUUUAAAGGACAUACCAAGUAUUCUCGACACAAAGGAGGCCUUGUCUACAAAUGAAUGCAUGCAGGCUAGUCUUUUGCAACUGGAAAAUGUGGAAACUGCUAAAGAAGAGCAGGCAGGAUGCCAAGCAGUUGUUGAAAUGAUGAAGCUACAAACGACCACCACUUUUCCAGAGACUGAUGCAGAUGGAAAACCUGUGACUCCUGUGGAGAAGCAAUAUUUGUGGUCUUCACAGUACAUACCAAGUACUCAAGACAUGAUGGAGGACUUGACGACUAAUGAAAGCAUGGAGGCUAAUCGUUUGAAACUAGGAAAUAAAAAAACUACUAAAGAACAACUGACAGAUGACCAAACAGCAGUUGAAAUGGAGGAGGUACGGCAGACCACCACAGUUUCAGAGAGUAAUGGAGAUGACACUACUGAUUUGGAGACGCAAGCAUUGGUGUCUUUAGAGGAGGUAACAAGUACUCAAGACACAAAGGAGAACCUGCUUGCUCAUGAACGUGCAGAGAAUAGUCAUUUGCAACUGGAAAAUGAUGAAAGUGCAAAAAAGGAACAGACAGCUGGCCAAGUUGCAGUUGAAAUGGAAGUAGAACAGACUGUUCCAGAGUGUAGUCCAAGAGGUAACAGAGAUGGAGAUGCUGCUGUGGCUUUGGUGAAGCAAUAUUUGGCGUCUUCAGAGGCUGUAUCUAAGACUCAAAACAUAAAGGAGGACUUGUGUACUAAUGAAAGUAAGGAUGCUAGUCAUUUGCACCUAAAAAGUAACGAAACUGUUAAACAAAACUCGACAGGUGACCAAACAGCAGUUGAAAUGGAGGAAUUACAACAGACCACCACAGUUCCAGAGCGUAAUGGAGAUGCCACUACUAAUUUGGAGAAGAAAGAUUUGGUGUCUUUUAAGAAUGUUCCAAGUACUCAAGAAACAAAGGAGGACUGGCCUACUAAUGAAAGUGCAGAGGCUAGUCAUUUGCAACUGGAAAAUGAUGAAAGCACCAAAGAGGAACAGACAGCUGGCCAAGCAGCAGUUGAAAUGGAGGUACAGCAGACCACAGCUGCUCCAGAGAGUAGUCCAGAGAGUAACAGAGAUGGAGAUGCUAUUGUGGCUUUGGAGAAGAAAGAUUUGGUUUCUUUCGAGGAUGUACCAAGUACCCAAGAAACGAAGGAAGACUUGUCUACUAUUAAAACCAUGGAAGCUAAUCAUUUGCAUCUGGACUUUAAUAAAACUGCUAAACAAGAACUGAAAGAUGACCAAGCAGCAGUUGAAAUGGAGGAAUUAAAACAGACCACUAAAGUUCCAGAGAGUAAUGAAGAUAGAGAUGCUGCUACUCAUUUGGGGAAGCAAGAUUUGGUGUCUUUAGAGAAAGUACAAAGUACUCAAGGAACAAAGGAGGACAGGCCUACUAAUGCAAGUGCAGAGGCAAGUCAUUUGCAGCUGGAAAAUAAUGAAAGUGCCAAAGAAGAACAGAAAGAUGGCCAAGCAGUCGUUGAAAUGGAGGUACAACAGACCACCACUGUUCCAGAGAGUAACAGAGAAGGAGAUGCUGUUGUGGCUUUGGAGAAGAAAGAUUUGGUUUCUUUCGAGGAUGUACCAAGUACCCAAGAAACGAAGAAGACUUGUCUACUAUUAAAACCAUGGAAGCUAAUCAUCUGCAUCUGGAGUAUAACAAAACUGCUAAACAAAAACUGACAGACGACCAAGCAUCAGUUGAAAUGCAGGAAUUAAAACAGACCACCACAGUUCCAGAGAGUAAUGAAGAUAGAGAUGCUGCUACUCAUUUUGGGAAGCAAGAUUUGGUGUAUUUCGAGAAAGUACAAAGUACUCAAGGAACAAAGGAGAACAGGCCUACUAAUGCAAGUGCGGAGGUAAGUCAUUUGCAGCUGGAAAAUAAUGAAAGUACCAAAGAAGAACAGACAGAUGGCCAAGCAGUCAUUGAAAUGGAGGUACAACAGACCACCACUGUUCCAGAGAGUAGUCCAGAGAGUAACAGAGAUGGAGAUGCUGUUGUGGCUAUGGAGAAGAAAGAUUUGGUUUCUUUAGAGGAUGUACCAAGUACCCAAGAAAUGAAGAAAGACUUGUCUACUAUUAAAACCAUGGAAGCUAAUCAUUUGCAUCUGGAGUAUAACAAAACUGCUAAACAAAGACUGACAGACGACCAAGCAUCAGUUGAAAUGCAGGAAUUAAAACAGACCACCAUAGUUCCAGAGAGUAAUGAAGAUAGAGAUGCUGCUACUCAUUUUGGGAAGCAAGAUUUGGUGUAUUUCGAGAAAGUACAAAGUACUCAAGGAACAAAGGAGGACAGGCCUACUAAUGCAAGUGCGGAGGUAAGUCAUUUGCAGAUGGAAAAUAAUGAAAGUGCCAAAGAACAACAGACAGAUGGCCAAGCAGUCGUUGAAAUGGAGGUACAACAGACUACCACAGAGAGUAGUCCAGAGAGGAACAGAGAUGUAGGUGCAGAUGUUGGUGUGGCUUUGGAGAAGAAAGAUUUGGUUUCUUUAGACGAUGUACCAAGUACACAAGAAAUUGAGGACCUGUCAACUAAUGAAAGCAUGGAAGCUAGUCAUUGGCACCUGGAAAAUAACAAAACUGCUCAACAAGAACUGACACACAACCAAUCAGCCGUUGAAUUGGAGGAAUUACAACAGACCACCACAGUUCCAGAGAGUAAUGGAGAUGGAGAUGCAGCUACCAAUUUGGAGAAGCAAGAUUUGGUGUCUUUAGAAAAAUUACCGAGUGCUCACAACAGAAAAGAGGACAUGCCUACUAAUGAAUGUGUGGAGGCUAGUGACUUGCAACUGGAAAAUGAUGAAACUGCCAAAGAAGAACCGACAAAUGGCCAAGCAGCAGUUGAAAUGGAGGAUGUACCAAGUACUCAGGAAAUGAAGAAGCACUUAUCUGUUAAUGAAAGCGUGGGCGCUAGUUAUUUGCAACUUGAAAAUGUGAACACUGCUGAAGAAUGUACAGACGUCCGAGCAGUAGUUGAAAUGGAGGUAGAACAGACAACCAUAGUUCCAGAGAGUAACAGAGCUGGAGAUGCUGCUGUGGCUUUAGAGAUGCAAGAUUUGUUAUCUUUAGAGGAUUUACCAAAUGCCCAAAACACAAAGGAUGACUUGCAGCUGGAAAAUGAUGAAAAUGCCAAAGAAGAACAGACAGAUGGCCAAGUAGUAGUUGAAAUGAAGGUACGACAGACCACCACAGUUUCAGAGAGUACUCCAGAGAGGAACAGAGAUGGAGAUGCAGAUGCUGGUUUGGCUUUGGAGAAGAAAUAUUUGGUUUCUUUAGUGGAUGUACCAAGUACACAAGAAAUUGAGGACUUGUCUACUAAUGAACUCGUGGAAGCUAGUCAUUUGCACCUGGAAAAUAACAAAACUGCUAAACAAGAACUGACACACAACCAAGCAGCCGUUGAACUGGAGGAAUUGCAACAGACCACCACAGUUCCAGAGAGUAAUGGAGAUGGAGAUGCAGCUACUAAUUUGGAGAAGCAAGAUUUGGUGUCUUUAGAAAAAUUACCGAGUGCUCACAACAGAAAAGAGGAAAUGCCUACUAAUGAAUGUGUGGAGGCUAGUGACUUGCAACUGGAAAAUGAUGAAAGUGCCAAAGAAGAACCGACAAAUGGCCAAGCAGCAGUUGUAAUGAAGGAUGUACCAAGUACCCAGGAAAUGAAGGAGGACUUAUCUAUUAAUGAAAGCGUGGGCGCUAGUUGUUUGCAACUGGAAAAUGUGAAAACUGCUGAAAGUACAGGCAUCCAAGCAGUAGUUGAAAUGGAGGUAGAACAGACAACCACAGUUCCAGAGACGAGUCCAGAGAGAAGCAGAGCUGGAGAUACUGCUCUGGCUUUGGAGAUGCAAGCUUUGUUGUCUUUAGAGGAUUUACCAAAUGCCCAAGACACGAAGGACGACUUGCAACUAGAAAAUGAGGAACCUUCCAACUUAGAAAAGACAGAUGGACAAGCAGCAGUUGAAGUGAUGGAACUACAACAGACCACCACAGCUCCAGAGAGUUUCACAUCAUCUGCUACAGUCGUCAAUGAACCAGCUGACUUCGCCUGCGAAGAAAAGGUUCUGUCUACAGAUUCUGUGGUUGUGGCAGAGGCUUCUGAACACCUGGAGGACGACCUCCUAGUGACGGCACCUUCGGCUGUCCCUGCUGUACCAGACCGUAGAUCUGAGCAAUAUGUCAUUCUAGAGCCGGUCACAGAGGGCGAAAUUCACUUAGAUAUCGUCUCUCAAGCCGCUGCCGCAUCAGGUUUGUCCAACCCCUGUUUGUUGAACCAGGUGGAUCCAAACUGCAUGUUCACAGCUACAAACAGACCCCAACAGACCUGCCUUUUGAAGACUGAAGAGCAGCCCGCUGAGUUCAAAGAUGUUGCAGUGACUCCUUUAGGUGAAGAGGCAAAAGGUUUAACUGCACCACCUUCAGAAGAACUUAUUGAGUUGACUCCAGACCGCUCCCCUCAACCAUCAUCCAUCAUGGUAGAAACAGCCGAUUCUCAACCUCAUGGUGUGAACUUUGAGGUGACAGAGGACGCCGGGGGUGACUUGGCCCUCCAAGAGUUGCAAAUUCUGGAAGACAUGGAGAUCGGUCAUGAGAUUGUAGUGGUCGAGGUCGGCAACGAAGAAGACAGCGAUAUUAUGAUUUUAGAAAAAGCCGCCACUCAAGGACCUUCUCUUCAAAAGGCAGUGGAAAAGACUGAAAAUGAAGCUGUUUUAAAUACAAACAAUGUAUCUUUAAAGCCAGACAUUAACAGCAAUAUUGUCCUUGAGAAGCCCAAAAAGCAAGAAAUGAACACCCAAGCAAGAACCAAAGCGCGUCUGGCUGCUUUGGCAGAGCAGAAAGCUGCCACCAUGAAGAGAACAGCCAACAAGCAGCAGCUCAACCUCUUAGCCUUGUGUCAUGAAAUUGCUGAGGACAUUGCCACGGACAGCAUGCUGUUAAAGAGGAUUGAGGAGGAAAAACAAGCGGCGGCUAAAAGUGAGGCCGCCAAGAAGGAAAAUCCACCUGUGAGCGUGCAGGAAGUAGCCGCCAUUGACGUCAAACCUCCCGCUGAAACCGAAAGCUCCUCAGAAAAGGUGCCCCAUGCUGAGGAGCCCCCUGUGGUGCAGCCUCCCAGUGCUGAAUCCAAGCUGGCAGAGGACCCGCCAAAGAGGCGUUUCUUCGUCUCACAAGUUUCCGUACCGCUGAAGGCCCACGAGAAGAAGAAACUAACUCGAUAUCAAAAGCUAAGACAGGUCGAACUCCAAAGGGAGAAAAUGUCAUGGGCACGCAUGAAGAAAAUGAAGUCUGACCAGGCCAAUCAAAUGUUCUCGGACAUGGACUGGCAAGCAUCAAUGUUUACACCUGCUCUGUUUUCCACCAAUGCCACGACCACUGGUCCUGCACCCAAAGCCAGUUCAUCCCUGCUUCCAAGUCCUGCCUUAAGUAGCAAACCAGCAUCACCCAAGCCAGAACCUCCUGUGGUUGAGACUCUCAAUAUUGAAGCUGCUAAAACGGAACCACCUAAAGUGGACGCCUCCAAGACUGAACUAGAGGUCAACACUGAACCCCCUAAAACGGAAACACCGCCGACUGAACCCACUAAAGCUGAAAACACGAGAAUAACAAGGCAAAGUAGUAAGUCUCAGGCCCCUAAGGUGACUCCUCCUCCAGCUCCCACCCCAAAAGUCACCAGAUCGUCCACCAGGAGAUCUCUGCCUGCUGUACCCCCGCCCAUGCCCAACGGACUUAAGGCGUCAAAACCUCAGCCUGUCGAGUACAAACCAUACAAACCACGGCCCAGGUAUUCACCAGAUGAUUUUGAACUUGACGAUGAUCCGUUACCAGCGCCUCCAAAAAGGUCUGGUCCUCUGCCCAGGCCUAACCAGCCCCAAAGUCGGUCUAGUCCCCUGGUCCAAUCGAAAGCCACGCCCCAACUUGCCAGCCAGCCAAAACUUAAACCCUUAACCACCCCUGCUGGACAUAUCCCAGGUCAGUCAAAACCUGUCAUUUCAACCGCUGCGCAGUCCAAACCUGCCUGUUCUCCCAGUCAACAGCAUGCCAUUGCCACAACCCCUCAGUCAAAAGCCUCCAUCACAUCUGCUCCCGUCAAACCGUCCGCUGUAGUUCUUCAAUCAAAACCUGCCUCGGCUGCAACUCAAUCGCAGCAGGCGCCGUCUGUUUCGCCCCAGCUGAAAACUACUGGCGCUGCCCCAGCUCAGACCACCCAGCCAGCAGCUUCAAACACGUCCCUGAUGAAGGCUGGUGGUCCUCAGGCUGAGGGAGUUCCAGGUCCCGCGAAAACCUUGCAACUUCAGGCAACAACAGACACGGAAAGCAAGGAUACUGCUGCUGCUUCAAGUUCAUCAAGUCCACCUAAAAGUCCCCCUCCAUCGAAAGAGAGCGCUAAUCCUUCUGAUGCACAGCAAUGCGAAGAAAAGCCUGCAGUUGCUGAUGAGUGCCAAAAGACCAAUACCUCCAGGAUAGCCCAGAAUGCAUCAGAAACAUCUUGUCAAGAUGGUGUGGUGAAGCAGCAAGAGUUACAGACUCCUCUCUCUGACGCGUGUCUGCAAAGAGAAGUCAAGAAACUAAAGGAGGCUGACAAAGAUGAUAGCCAAACUGUCAUUGAUGCAGGACAGAAGCACUUUGGAGCCGUGGCCUGCAGCGUGUGUGGGAUGCUGUACUCUGCCGCCAACCCCGAGGACGAAUCGCAACAUUUGCUCUUCCACAACCAGUUUAUCAGUGCCGUCAAAUACGUGGGCUGGAAAAAGGAGAGGAUCCUGGGAGAAUUCCCCGAUGGCAAAAUCAUUCUUGUCCUGCCUGAUGAUCCCAAAUACGCCCUCAAGAAGGUUGAAGAAAUACGGGAGAUGGUGGACAAUGACCUUGGUUUCCAGCAGGUGGGGACAAAGUGUCCCUCCCUGACAAAAACCUUUCUCUUCAUCACCAACGACAAGAAAGUGGCGGGAUGCCUCAUAGCAGAGCACAUCAAUGAGGGCUUCCGGGUGAUCGAGGAGCCCGAACCCGAGGGCUCGGAAGGGGAGAAGGUGAUGUUUGAGCGUCAAAGGGCGUGGUGCUGCUCCACCACGGCCGAGCCGGCACUGUGCGGGAUCAGCCGCAUAUGGGUGGUGAGCAUGUUGAGACGGCAAGCCAUCGCCUCGCGCUUGGUCGAGUGCCUCAGAAACAACUUCAUCUACGGUUCCUACCUGAGCAAAGAUGAGAUCGCCUUCUCGGAUCCGACGCCUGACGGCAAGCUUUUCGCCACGCACUACUUCGGCACCUCGCAGUUUUUGGUGUACAACUUUGUCAGCGGGACGCACUCGCCACGCCCCAAAACUGACUCUGUAUGACGGUCGAGCACAGAGGUGAGGGCGACACCGAGAGUGGACACCCCCUCGCCAAAAGACGUCUGAUGGACCUCAAUUUUUUCCCCCCACAAAAUGGACACACAUUGGUUCCAAUCUCAGGAUGAACAAAUUCACCCUUUCUGCUCACAUGACAGAUUUAUUUGAAUGCACCAAUGAAUAUUGGGGCCACCCUGAAAAGAAAAAAAUGAUAAUUAAACUGCAGUGUUGAAGGCAUCAUUUUAGGAGAAUAAAUUUGGAUAUUUUUUUAGAUAAACCAAAGAUCAGUUUUUAUAUUCAAAAUGUACCCUUAUUUUUCAGGAAAAUCUAAAUUCUAAAAAAUACGUAACUCAAGUAUAGCACUAUUUGCUUGAAAACAUGCAGUUCUGAGGACCGGGGUUCAAAUCCCGGCCCCGCAAGAGAGUUUGCGUGUUCUCCCCGUGCCUGCGUGGGUUUUCUCCGGGCUCUCCGGUUUCCUACCACAUCCCAAAAACAUGCAUGGUGGGUUAAUUGAAGGCUCUAAAUUGCCCGUAGGUAUGAAUGUGAAUGGUUGUUUGUUUCUAUGUGCCCUGCGAUUGGCUGGCGACCAGUUCAAGGUGUACCCCCGCCUCUCGCCCGGAGAUAGCUGGGAUAGGCUCCAGCACGCCCGUGACCCUUGGGUGAGCGGAACGGAAGAUGAAUGAAUGAAUGUUACAACUAAAUUCUGGAUAAUGUAUGAGUUUAUCUUAAAUUCCAAUAGCUUGAAGUGACUUGAAAUCAUACGAGUUUAUUCUCGCAAAAUCAUUUUUAUCUCGAAAAUAUAUGCCUUUAUUCUCCUAAAAUUAAGGACUUCAAUCUGCAAAAUACUUGUUUUUUUUUCUCUCUCAAAAAUAUGCAAAUUUUUUAUUUUUAUUUUUUCCCCCCCCCCCUCCUUCCAGUAUGGCCCUCAUACUCCUUUGUACGACACGAAUCAUGUAUUUUAUUCCCAUGCAUUAACAUGCGAUCAAGUACAUGGUGUCCCCCCACCCCACCCCACCCCCCUCCAAUGGCUGCUCACUUUUUACACCCUUUUUACUCCCCUCCAUCAUGUUUUAUCGCAACAUUUCAAACUAACAAUGUGAGAACUUCUUAUCUGAAGAAGAAAUGUUUAGAACUGUAGCUUGGGCAUUUUUUUAAAAACUUUUUUUUAGCUCACAUAUUUGCUGAGCCAUAUGCUGUUCGCCAUCAAAGCGGCAGGGCAUUGUAACCUAUACCAUAAAAAUAUUUUUUGCGGUUUAUUUCACCCAGGCUGGCCAUUCUGCUUUGAUGUUGUGCCUGAAUUUCAUUAACAGUGUGACUUAAUUCCUUUUUGGUUUUUUUACAUGGUUAGUGAACAGUUAUCAUCCUUCUAUUCCUUAAUAACUUACACUGUACUAUAUCAAACGGUCGUGUAGAUAAAUGCGUACUAUAACAUUUAUAAUAAACGAUGUGGAAGGUCUGAAAGGCUCUUUUUUUACCCCCUCCCUCUUAUGACUGUGCAUACAUUUGAUUUAUACAAAAAGUUGUAAAUAUUUAUUUAAAUAAUAAACAGUAAAAGCAUU